CUCUCUCUCUCUCUGAGACCCCAAAGUCCCAGUGCGCUUCAUCUCUCCCAUUCCUUCAUUCGCCAUACUGAAAAGCAGAGAGAGAGAGAGUCUCUAUCCGUCACUGUCGAUUUGGUUUCCUCCGGGAACCAAGCGAGAGGAGGGGUAAGGAGAGGAGGAUUGGAAAGGGAUAAUCCCUUUCUUGCUUCUUCGGAUUCGUUUUCUGAUCGAUCGACGGAAGUUUUGCCUGUGUUCAGAAAUUGCCGGAAAUUGGUUAGGGUUUGAAGGUGUGGUUGUGGGUGCGGUGAGUGAUGGGGAAAGGCGGGCAGGAUGAGGGGAUGCCGAGCCCGCCACGGCCGGCGACCGGCGCUUCCCCGGUGGAUUGCUUUCCCGCGUGGGCGAGGGACGAGGCGGAGUGCGAAGCGCACUAUAAGGUGAGCAUGGAGCAGGGGCUGUCAUGGGAAGAGGCGGAGCGGCGCCGGGAGAUCUACGGGCUCAACGAGCUCGAGCGCCACGAGGGGCCCUCCGUCUGGCGACUUAUUCUCGAUCAGUUUGAGGACACGCUGGUGCGGAUCUUGCUUGUCGCGGCCGUGGUUUCGUUCGUGCUCGCAUGGUACGAUGGGGACGAGGGGGGAGAGAUGGGAAUCACGGCCUUCGUGGAGCCGCUUGUCAUCUUUCUCAUCCUGAUCGCGAACGCGGUCGUGGGCGUGUGGCAGGAGAGCAACGCCGAGAAGGCGCUCGAGGCCCUCAAGCGGAUCCAGUCGGAGACGGCCAUGGUGAUGCGUGAAGGCGCCUUCGUUCCGAGCCUUCCGGCGGCGGAGCUUGUCCCAGGCGACAUAGUCGAGCUCCGCGUCGGUGAUAAGGUGCCGGCGGAUAUGAGGAUUCUGAAGCUGAUCAGCUCGACUGUGAGAGUGGAGCAGGGCUCCCUGACUGGCGAGAGUAUCACCGUCAACAAGACGCACCAUCGAGUUGAGGAGGACGCGGAUAUCCAGGGCAAGGAGUGCAUGGUCUUCGCCGGCACCACCGUCGUGAAUGGGUGUUGCAUCUGUGUCGUGACGCAGACGGGGAUGAACACGGAGAUCGGGAAGGUGCAUUCACAGAUCCACGAGGCAUCGCAGACUGAAGAGGACACUCCGCUCAAAAAGAAGCUGAAUGAGUUCGGUGAGGCGCUCACGGCGAUCAUUGGUGUCAUCUGCGCCCUCGUCUGGCUCAUCAACGUGAAGUAUUUCUUCACCUGGGAGUAUGUCAAUGGCUGGCCCGCAAACUUCAAGUUUUCGUUCGAGAAGUGUACUUAUUACUUCGAAAUCGCUGUGGCUCUUGCGGUUGCCGCGAUCCCGGAGGGGCUGCCGGCAGUGAUCACGACGUGCCUCGCGUUGGGGACGAGGAAAAUGGCGCAGAAGAACGCCCUGGUUCGAAAGCUGCCCAGCGUCGAGACUUUGGGGUGCACCACCGUGAUUUGCUCAGACAAAACGGGGACUUUGACGACGAACCAGAAUUCAGUCGCGAAAUUGGUGGCGAUGGGCCGAGUUCCGGAAUCUAUCAGAACGUUUAGGGUGGAAGGAACCACAUAUGACCCUUCGGAUGGAAAAAUACUGGACUGGCCUGUUGGUGAAUUGGACCCGAACCUUCAGAUGGUCGCAAAGAUCGCGGCCUUGUGUAAUGAUGCAGGAAUUGCUAAGACAGGCAAUCAGUUCUCUGCAAAUGGCAUGCCCACCGAGGCAGCUCUUAAGGUUCUUGUAGAGAAGAUGGGCCUCCCUCCGGGGAGCAGCAAAAUUACUUCAUUGAGAACUAGUUCUCGUUUAGAUGCAACUGAAGUUUAUCUUGGCUGCUGCAAGUGGUGGAGCCAUCAGGAACAUCGGAUUGCAACCCUUGAAUUUGAUCGAAUGCGCAAAUCUAUGGGAGUUAUUGUGAAAUCAAAAUCAGGAAAAAACACUUUGUUGGUGAAGGGAGCUGUAGAGAAUCUACUGGAGAGAAGUUCAUAUAUUCAGUUGCUCGAUGGUUCAGUCACAGUGCUGGACGAUGACACUAGGAAACACAUUUUGUCAACCCUUCAUGACAUGUCUUCAAGUGCACUCCGCUGUUUGGGCUUUGCAUACAAGGAAGAAUUGUCUGAAUUUGCAACCUAUGAUGGCGAGAACCAUCCAGCUCACAAGAUUUUGCUUGACCCUUCUAACUAUCCAGCCAUUGAAACUGAUUUAAUUUUUGUUGGGUUGGCUGGGCUAAGGGAUCCUCCACGUCAAGAGGUGCAUAAGGCAAUUGAGGACUGCAGAGCUGCUGGUAUCAAGGUUAUGGUGAUCACAGGAGACAACAAGCAUACAGCUGAAGCCAUAUGCCGUGAAAUUGGAAUUUUCAGCCCAAAUGAAGACAUCUUGAGAAAGAGCAUAACAGGAAGAGAGUUCAUGACUUAUUCCAAUGAAGAACGCCUGAAAAUAUUAAGGCAGCCGGGUGGAUUGCUUUUCUCUAGAGCUGAACCCAGGCACAAGCAAGAGAUAGUGAAAUUACUGAAGGCUGAUGGGGAAGUGGUUGCAAUGACUGGUGAUGGUGUGAACGAUGCUCCUGCUUUGAAAUUGGCUGAUAUAGGUAUUGCAAUGGGAAUAGCUGGCACCGAGGUCGCCAAAGAGGCUUCCGACAUGGUGUUAGCUGAUGAUAACUUCAGCACUAUAGUUGCUGCAGUUGGUGAAGGCCGAUCGAUCUACAAUAAUAUGAAAGCAUUUAUCAGGUACAUGAUAUCAUCCAACAUAGGCGAAGUUGCUUCCAUAUUUCUGACAGCAGCUUUGGGUAUUCCUGAAGGAUUGAUACCCGUCCAACUUCUAUGGGUCAACUUGGUUACAGAUGGUCCGCCUGCAACUGCGUUGGGAUUCAAUCCACCUGAUAAGGAUAUAAUGAAGAAGCCUCCUCGGAGAAGUGAUGAUUCUCUGAUCAAUGCAUGGAUUUUAUUCCGUUAUCUGGUAAUCGGUCUUUAUGUGGGUAUUGCAACUGUUGGUGUUUUCAUCAUUUGGUAUACCUGCGGCUCAUUCAUGGGCAUCGACCUCACCCUUGACGGCCACACUCUCGUUACAUAUUCCCAACUCAAAGAUUGGGGGCAGUGUCCAAGUUGGGAAGGAUUCAAUGUAACAUCCUUCACUGCAGGAUCUCGCGUUUUUUCAUUUGAUGCCAACCCAUGUGACUACUUCCAAGCAGGAAAAGUGAAGGCAACAACACUUUCUCUAUCUGUUUUGGUUGCAAUUGAGAUGUUCAACUCUCUGAAUGCACUUUCGGAAGAUGGGAGCCUUGUUACCAUGCCACCAUGGGUCAACCCAUGGCUCAUGUUGGCCAUGUCUGUUUCAUUUGGUCUCCAUUUCUUGAUCCUCUAUGUGCCAUUCCUUGCUGAGGUGUUUGGGAUUGUACCCCUGAGCCUGAACGAGUGGUUGCUAGUCAUAGCAGUUGCAUUCCCUGUGAUUCUGAUUGAUGAAGUUCUCAAGUUCAUUGGCCGAUGCACGACCAGGACGCAAGCCGAGGGUGUAAAGAGGGAGAAGCAGAAGCAUGCUUAGGGAAACAAAAUCGGGGUUCGUUCCUUUGCUUUUAUGAGAGAAUUCUAACAUCCACUGGGCGAAGCUACUAACUGUGAUGACACUGGGCCCUAUUAGAGAGCCAAGGCCGGAGAGCUCAUGCAUGCCACUGGAUUCGAUGGAACAUCUCUGCUGGAAGGAUUUUUUUUGUCAAGUUUAUUUGAAAGGUCCAAGUUUGAUUCCCUCUUCCAUUUUGUGAUUCAUUUUAAGGGAAUCUGUUAAGAGGGACAGAUAUAAUAUUCUUGAAUUGAACUGUUAGUUUCUUCCUUUUUAUCUGAAAAUUGUAGUCCCAUGGGGAUUAUGUUGAUACCUGCUGCUCUUCCAAUCCUUUGUGCGAGAGUGAGCUUAUUCUUUAGAGUAACUACUCGUCUGCA